UGAGAGAACGCGAAGGAAAAGGAGACAGCGGCAUCGAGAGAAGCAAGGGAAGUCUACGCAGGAGGAACAAAGGAAGGAGACAGUCGUGUGACUGCGAGAGUGCGUGUGUGAGUUCUAGUGGUGUUUCUGAAAAAGGAAAGGAGUUCGUUGGUCAGAGGGCUGGUAAGCGGCCGAAGCGCGCGAACACGUGCACGCGGCAAAGAACAGCGACUUCGUCCGUCCCUCUCCUCCUCCCGUCUCCAGCCUACACACACAACCUGCUCUCCUCGCCUCUUCCUUCGUCGUCCUUCCCUGUCCUACCAGGCAAGAAGAAGAACCCAACUGGCUCUUGCCUGCUGCUUGCUGCUCCCGGACCCGGGUUUCCCUCCAGUUUCGGUCCCCAGGCGAACGAUCUCCUCUCUCUCUUUCUCUCUGCCGCCGGUCGUGUCGAGACCUUUCUUUUGCCAGUCUUGGCUUUUCUUCGCAGAUCAAUCAGCCAAACUAGGAGACUUCUGUGUCAGGGAGAAUGGCCGGGGGUGGCACGGGCAUCAGGAAGUAUGUUGGGGCCCUCAAGGACACCACAACCGUUAGCAUAGCAAAAGUCAACAGCGAUUAUAAGGAGCUGGAGAUUGCUAUUGUGAAGGCCACAAACCAUGUUGAGAAUCCAGCAAAGGAGAAGUACAUAAGAGAUAUCUUUUACCACCUUUCUCCUGGAAGGGCGCGGGCAGAUGCAGCCUACUGCAUCCGUGCCCUUGGUAGACGUCUUUCAAAGACACGCAACUGGGCGGUUGCUCUGAAGACAUUAAUUGUCAUACACCGUGCUCUUAGGGAAGUUGAUCCUACUUUCCGUGAAGAGCUUAUUAGUUAUGGAAGAUCUAGCUCCCAUAUGCUAAAUCUGUCCUACUUUAAGGAUGAUUCUAGUGCAGAAGCCUGGGAUUACUCUGCAUGGGUGCGCAAUUAUGCUUUAUAUUUGGAGGAGAGACUUGAAUCUUUCCGUGUACUGAAAUACGACGUUGAAAAGGAUCCAUUGAAAACAAAGGACCUUGAUACAAUUGGAUUGCUUGCUCAACUGCCAGCAUUACAGCAGCUUCUUUUUCGGCUACUUGGUUGCCAGCCACAAGGGUCAUCAUCUUAUAACAUCAUUAUCCAGCAUGCACUUUCAAUGGUUGCUCUAGAGAGUGUUAGGAUCCACACAGCCAUCAAUGAUGGGAUGCUCAAUCUUGUUGACAAGUUCUUUGAUAUGCAAAGGGAUGACGCUACUAGGGCACUCGACAUAUAUAAAAGAGCCAUUAACCAGGCGGAACAACUUUCAGAAUUCUAUGGAGUGUGUAAAACUAUAUAUAUUGGGCGUGGUGAGAGAUUCCUAAAAAUUGAACAGCCUCCUGCGUCGUUCUUGGUAACUAUGGAGGAGUAUAUGAGCAAUGCUCCCGUUGCUUCAACAGUUCCGAGAGAUCAGGCUGUACUAGCUAUAAAGUACAAAAGAAAAUCAGAAGUUGAAGAACCAUCAAUGUCACCUCCUCAUCCUCCGGCUCCAGCUCCAGCUCCAGAACUUGAGCCAGUUAAAGAAGUCUUACCUGUAUCUGAACCAACAGAUUUGCUGGGAAUGAAAGAAUCAACCCCUGACACAUCUGAAAUGGAUCAUAAGAAUUCUUUGGCCUUGGCAGUUGUUCAACAAGAUAAUGCGCUUAAAGCACCUGUUCCUGCCAGUGCUGAGAACGUGGCUACUAGCUGGGAACUGGCACUAGUCACUGCCCCCAGUUCAAAUGGAAAUGCUGUUACUUCAAACAAAUUGGCCGGUGGACUGGACCUGCUUACACUUGACAGCCUAUAUGACGAGGCGCACCGAAGAGCGCAGCAGAAUGCAAGCUACAACCCUUGGGAGACGAUUCCAGCAUCUGGUCCAGUGAUGCAGCAGCCGAUGCACGACCCGUUCUACGCCUCUAAUUAUAUUGCCGCAGGCCUCAACGUGCAGAUGGCUGCGAUGACACAGCAGCAGCAAGCUUUCAUGCUCCAGCAGCAGCAGAUGAUGAUGAUGGCAGGUCCACAAGUUCAUCACCAAGCCUCUUCCAAUCCGUUCGCUGACCCGUAUAUGCAUGCCGGCGUCCACCCUUAUGGUGCAGGGAUGCAGCUCCAUGCAGGCAAUGCAUACACAGGAACUGGGAUGAUGUAGUGCGCUACAGAGUCUGCUGUUUUGUUUUGACACCUUUUUUUUCAUUCUCCCAUUGUAAGAGUUGCGUUGUGAAAGGAUUAGGAUAACUAGAUGAAAGUCAUGAAACCCGUCAAGAUGAGCACAGCCGUUGUAGUUUUUUUUCUGGCUGUUCAUGACCAAGGGUUGAUGCGCAGCUGCGAACUGAAGGACUAUCCUUACAAAUUGAGUGCGAGAAACCCGUGAAAUUUUGUGAAGCAGAUAUGGAGAGCUUUGUGAAACGAGUUAAAAAUGUCCUCCGGAAAAACCGAAGUAGUGUGCAAUUUG